AUGGUCCAUUUCUUUAUAGCUUUUCUUUGUUUAAUUAUCUUUUAUUUUUACUACUUUAUUAUGACUUUAGUUACUUUAUUAAUUUUAUUUACUUUCCUUUUUAUUCUUCUUUUCUUUUUUUUCAUUGUUACCUUUCCUUCUUUUUUUCUUUCUUUUCUAUUUAAUUUUCUCUUUAUUUUUCUUAUUCUACACUUUUACAAUCCAGUUCUUUGUUUUUUUUUCUCUUUCUUCUCUUUUUUAAUUUUUUUUCUUUUUCUUCUUUAUGUUUUUCUCAUUCUGCUUCUGUUGUUCUUAUUUCUUUUCUCUUCCUCUAAUGAUAUUCUUUCAUUUUUUUCUUCACUUCCAUCUCCACCCAUGACUCUCACAUUAUCUAGUCUUUUUCUUCUUUGCUCUUUUUCUGUUUUCUCCUUUUUAUUGUAUCAUUAUUUCUUUUCUUUUUUUUGUUCACUCUUUUUUCUUUUCCUUUUCUUUCUUUCUUUCUUUCUUUCUUUCUUUCUCCUUUUCUUUCCCCUUUUCUUUCUUUCUUUCUUUCUUUCUUUCUUCUUUCUUUCUUUCUUUCUUUCUUUCUUUCUUAAUAUUUCCCUGUUCUUUCUUUCUUUCUUUCUUUCUUUCUUUCUUUCUUUCUUUCUUUCUUUCUUAAUAUUUCCCUGUUCUUUCUUUCUUUCUUUCUUUCUUUCUUUCUUUCUUUCUUUCUUUCAUUUUUCCUUUCAAGUUAUUCUUUUCAGAUGUUUUUUUUCUUUUAUACUUUUGAUUUAUAUUUCUUCUUUUCUUUAUCUUCCUCCUCCACUUCUCCUAAACCGGACACUGAGACCAAAGAGAACCAGAUGCGAAACCUACAUUUUGUGUAUCUAUCUAUCUAUCUAUCUAUCUAUCUAUCUAUCUAUCUAUCUAUCUAUCUAUCUAUCACUCUCUCUCCCAUUUUUCUUUUUCAUUUUUUCUUUCUCACUUUUUUCCUUAAUGCAAACCUUACAAUUUUUCUGUCUUUCUUAUUGUUUUUAUUUCCUUCAUUUUUCUUCCCCAUACUUUCUAAGGCUUCUCAAUUUCUUUCUUUCAUUUCUUAAUUUUUCCCUCUUUUUAUACUACUUUCUUUCUUUCUUUCUUUCUUUCUUUCUUAGUUACUUCCAUAGUUUCUUUCUUUCCUUCAUACCUUCUUUUUUUUCUUAUGUUUUCUCUUUUGUUCUUUCUGUCUUAUUUUCUUUCUUUCUUUCUUCUUUUUCUUUAUGGAAACCAUAUAGUUCUUUCUUUCUUUCUUUCUUUGAUUUUCUUUCCCCAUACAUUCUACAGAGUGCAAUGGGUCUAUUCAUAUCUAUCUGUCACAAUCUAUUCAUAUCAAUUUAUCCCUGUCUAUUUGUAUCUAUCCUAGUCUGUUCAUAUCUAUCACAGUCUUUUUAUAUUUAUUAUCUAUCCCAGUAUUUCAUAUCUAUCUAUCCAAGUCUAUUUCUAUCUCUCAGUCAAAAUAAGUCUGUUUCUAUCUAUCUAUCUAUCUAUCUAUCUAUCUAUCUAUCUAUCUAUCUGUCUUCUAUGCUUAUUUAUGCGUCUAUCUAUCUACCUAUUCUAUUCAUAUCUAUCCAUCUAUCUAUACCAGUCUAUUCAUAUCUGUCUAUUUAUCUAUCUACCUACCAAUUCUAUUCAUAUCUAGCUAUCUAUUCAAUUUAUUUGUAUCUAUCUACCAUAAUAUAUGGGUAUCUAUCUAUCUAUCUAUCUAUCUAUCUAUCUAUCUAUCUAUCUAUCUAUACUGCUUUAAAGUGUUCGUUAUCCUCUCUCUUCUCUCUCUCUCUCUCUCUCUUUUUCCAAACUUUUCAUGUAAUCACUCUAUAUGUAUUUCUUCUUUCUGUUUAUUUCCUCUUAUAUUCAUUGUCUUUCUUUAUCCCUACAUUCUUUAAUCUUUUUAUUCUUCCUUUCUUUACUUCUAAAUUCAUUUUCUUUACUUUUUACACACUUUUCCUGAUUUCAUUCACUCUCCUCUUAAAUGAUUAUUCUUUUGCCUUCUUACCAUUUCUUUUUCAUUUUAGUUGUAAUCUUUCUUUAUCUUUGUUUGUUUGUUGUUUCUUUCUUUCUUUCUUUGCAUGUACUUAUUAUCUACUUUUUAGUCUUGAUCUUUCUUUUUUCAUGUGCUUGGCAUCUCUAUUUUUAGUUUUAAUCUCUCUUUUUUUCUUUCUUUCUUUCUUUCAUUUUUCAUCUCUUUAUUAUUUUUUUUAUUCUUUUCUGGUCAGUCUUUUCAUAUCCAUCAAUCUAUCUAUCUAUCCCAGUCUGUUCAUUUAUCCAGGUCAGUCUGUAUCUAUCUAUCUAUCGUUCCAUCACGGUCUUUCCAUUUAUCAAGGUCAGUCUUUUUAUAUCUAUCAAUCUAUCUAUCUAUCCCAGUCUGUUCAUUUAUCCAGGUCAGUCUGUAUCUAUCUAUCUAUCGUUCCAUCACAGUCUUUCCAUUUAUCAAGGUCAGUCUUUUUCUUUCUUUGCAUCUAUCUAUCUAUCUAUCUAUCUAUCUAUCUAUCUAUCUAUCUAUCUAUCUAA